CAAUUGUCAUUUUGUUAUCGGAAAAUGUAUGCACAUAUAUGUAUGUUCUUUACACAUAUAUCAUUAAUCGAUGAAAUAUUCGUGUUUCUCAAAACAAAAUACUUUGGGGCUUUUGGCAGAAGUCGUAUAGUUCAGAGUGUUGCUUAUACAUAAAAAAAAUGAAUCAUUUGUUAUGCCAGUUGGUUUGGAAAGAAGUUUGAAAACUCACGUGCAGCAGCAAAUUUUUCUAUAUUAGAGCGUUGGACCUAAAAUUUCGUCUAUACAUACAUACCUAAAUACAAAUAUAAAACCUGUUUUUAUCAUCGGGGCAAAACAAUUUACCACAUGCACCACGCGUGCGUGAUAUUGUUUGAGCAUCGAUUUUUCGAAUGCUAACAUGUUAGGUCUAAGAUUUUGACUUCAGAAUUUUUUUUUGUGGUUUUUUUUUCAAAACUAAAUAAUACUAAACAUCAUGGGUGCUUACUUGUCCCAGCCAAAAACAGAUAAGGCAUCAACAGAUGAAUUUAAUGAAUUACUUACCGUUGGAACAAGUUCAAUGCAAGGAUGGCGAAACAGUCAAGAGGACGCCCACAACUCCAUUUUAAACUUUGACAAAAAUGCAUCCUUUUUUGCUGUAUAUGACGGCCACGGCGGUGCCGAGGUUGCACAGUACUGCGCUGAUAAGUUUCCAGAGUUCUUGAAAAGUAAUGAUUCGUAUCAACGUGGUCAAAUAGAAGAAGCUCUUAAAGAGGCUUUUUUAGCAUUUGACAAAACAUUGCUGGAUCCACCAGUGGUCUCUUUUUUAAAAAUAUUGGCAGGCGAGCAUAACCUUGCCGAAGUGGAUGCCGAAGAAGAUGAAGAUGAGGAAGACCUAAUUGAGCUACGAGAGGAAAGCCAUUUGCCUUUAAAUGAAGUUUUAGAGAAAUAUAAAGGGCUUCCUUUAGCACAUGAUUUGGUUAAGAUCCAAUCAGAUGCCAAUGCUGGCUUAAAACAUCAAUCCCCAUAUUUACGGGGUCGCAGAGCUGCAGCAGUGGCUGCAGAAGCUGCAAAUAAAGCUGUAAUGGACCCCUUAGCCAAACCAGAAGGUUCUUCAACUUCCGCUGCAGCAGCCGCUUCAUUUGCCAGUAUUGACAACAUACGUUCAAAACAAUCUGCAAAAAUGGUAGAAAGGUGUUCGGGUGGUUCUGGUUCAUCUUUUGGUACACAUGACACCAAUCUUAUUACAAGUAAAACUGAUGCUGACAUACCAUCAGAUAAUGCUAUUUCAAAAUUGCACAAAAGUAAUCAUAAUGGGUGUGAAACUAUCUCAGAGGUUACAUGUGAAGGUGACAACAAAAAUUUAAAAAGUUCUCUCAAAUCUGGUUGCAACAUAGAAAAAUUUAAACCCAAUGGCAAGGAAAUAACCAAUAUUAAUUACUCUUCGUCUAGUAAAGAAUCAGAGAAACUUAGAGAGAUGACGACGUCUGCAGCAGAGGAGGAGUCCACAGAUGAUGAUGAUGAUUAUGAAAAUAUUAAAAGCUCGGAUAUCCCAACUGAAGAAAGUUCUGAUGACGAUAUUGACUCUACUAACAACGAUGAUGAUGAUGAGGACGAUGAUGAUGUCAGCGAUGAGGAGAUCGAUGAAGAUCAAAUGGCCAAUGAUAACUUUUGUGCUAAUAUGAUAGAAGAGCCAGGCAAAGAUAGUGGAUGUACGGCUGUUGUUUGUUUAUUGCAAGGUCGCAAUCUUUUUGUGGCAAAUGCAGGAGAUUCCCGCUGCGUUGUGUCCCGCAAUGGACGUGCCAUUGAAAUGAGCUUGGAUCAUAAACCAGAAGAUGAAAGGGAGUCUAUGCGUAUUGUCAACGCUGGUGGUCGUGUCACCCUUGAUGGACGUGUUAACGGUGGUUUAAAUUUAUCUAGAGCCCUUGGAGAUCAUGCCUACAAAACAAAUUUGGGAUUGCCUGCUGAGGCACAAAUGAUAUCGGCAUUACCAGACGUUAAAAAAUUACUUAUUACGCCGGAAGACGAAUUUAUGAUAUUGGCUUGUGAUGGUAUAUGGAAUUAUAUGUCUAGUGAGGAGGUUGUCCAUUUUGUUCGGUUAAAAUUAAAAGACGAAACCCGGAAAUUGUCUCAAAUUUGUGAAGAACUCUUCGAUAACUGUUUAGCGCCAAACACGAUGGGCGAUGGAACUGGUUGUGACAACAUGACUGCCGUUAUUGUGAAAUUCGGAAAAAAUCUCCAAAAUUUAGAAACAUCUAUCAAUAAUACGAACGCAGAACACACCAUAGAUGAACAAAACGCUACAAACAAAAGAUGUGCUUCGCCUGAGGCAGUUGCAGAAGUCAGUGAUUUGCAUAAUUCCAAUAAACGAUUAAAGACUGAAGACCGAGUUUUGGACCCAGUUGACACUGCCUCUGGAGUUAUGAGUGGCACUUCAAAAAGCCAAAAUGAAAGCACUGGCGUGAUUAAUGCAAAUGAACUCACUAUAACUGUGUCACCAUCUUAAUGUAUUAACUUGUCAAUUGAUUAAAACUUGCACUUGGCGAACAAAAUGUCACUAUUUAUUGAAAGCAUGUAGGCUUACAUAAAUAAAUAUCUUUGUAUACUUAAACCAGA